CUUAAUUAGAACGUAGAGUAAUAAUUAUAAUCAUUAACUCAACAGUAUUUUAUUUAAAUAUUUAAACAUAUUCAUUAGUAAAGUAAAAUAAAUACUGCCCAAUAAGCUAAAUACAUACCUGCUAAGUAGUUAAAUUGUCCAUCACGCGCGAUUCAAGGGUGCAAUUUUAUUUGACCUAACCAAAAUUUAACAAUGUGGGGCGCAUUUUCCAGAACGUUUACCAAAACUUCUUUGUUCAAACAUUUUCGGCGAAAAUUCAGCGUUAUGAACCAAGAUUUGGAAAUUAAUAGAAUUGUUUGGGUGGAUUUAGAGAUGACUGGCUUGGACAUUGAGAGGGAUACCAUUCUUGAAAUAGCCUGCAUCAUAACAGAUUCCAAGCUAAAUAUAGUAGCAGAAGGUCCCAAUCUGAUAAUAAAUACGCCUGAAGACAAGUUAAAUGCCAUGAAUGAAUGGUGUAUUAAUCAGCAUGGUAAGACUGGUCUUACAGAGGCUGCCAAGAAUUCAAGCAUAUCAUUACAACAAGCUGAAGAUAAUAUUAUGGAUUUUGUUCAGUCACAUGUGAUGAAGAGUCACAGUCCCUUGGCAGGAAACAGUGUAUAUAUGGAUAGGCUGUUUCUAAAAAAAUACAUGCCUAAACUAGAUGAUUAUUUGCAUUAUAGAAUUAUUGAUACAUCAACUGUAAAAGAAUUAUGCAGGCGGUGGAAUAAGGAAAUGUAUAAAACUGCGCCGAAAAAAGAAUAUUCACAUAGAGCUCUAAAUGAUAUUAGAGAAAGCAUUAGUGAGUUAAAGUUUUAUAAAGAGAACUUUUUCAAUACCACAAGUUAAUGUUUAUGGUAUAGAUUGUUGAAGUUAUAAUGUGCUUAAAUCUCAAAAUUAUUUUUUAAACAGAAGUUAAUCUUA